CUCGUCGUCUCUCUCACACCAGUUUCCCUUCUUCCUCAUUCCCUAAAUCGCUUCUACAUCGGCCUACGACAAGAUGUCGAACAGGAGGUCCCGAGUCUCGGAGGAAGAGAUCAACAGGCUCGUUUCCAAGCUCCAGUCUCUCCUGCCGGAGACCCGCCAACGAGGCGCCGGCAGGGCUUCAGCUGCGAAGCUGCUGAAGGAGACGUGCAACUACAUCAGGAGCCUCAACCGGGACGUGGACGACCUGAGCGACCGGCUCUCGGCCAUCAUGGCGACGAUGGACAGCAGCAGCGCCGAGGCCGAGAUGGUCCGGAGCCUCCUCCGGUCCUGAGCCGGCUCAGCCUCAACUGCCUUCCUUUGUUCUACGUCUACAAAUCUACAUAGAUAUGAACACAAUGUAACUUGUUAUGAGCUUAGAAAUCAGAUCCAGCAUCAGUAGUUUUCCCUUCAUU